AUGUCCCAACCUGUCUUGGUCGCAGAAGUAAAACGCAUUAUCCUGUCUAUCAAGGAUGACACCGAUGUAGUGUACUGGUCGUAUUUUGUCAGUGCAGCUAAAGAUCAGAUUGUUGCUUCAUGUAACCUGUUUGAGACGCAAGAGAAAUGUCGUAGUCAUUGGGUUCGCUUGUUUUCAAACAACGUCGAAAAAUUAGGCUACCAAGCAAACUUUGGUCUAGACGAUUGGUUUAUAAUUGAACGAGAAAUAGAGGCAAAUAGCGCUGCUAUGCUAUCAUUAUCAGCAACCUCUACUUCACCACCAACAUCUGUUUCGAUACCACCACCAAUAUCAACUAGAGUGCCAUUACAAUCAUCACAGCAAAUGAUGAUAUCUCCCCCUGCCCAAUCCACAUCUUCACCAUCAGUUCGAUCUGCGUCAACAUUGGGUACAUUGCUUUCGGAAGAUGAAAGAGAAGCUGCAUUAUCCACUUACAGUGAGAUGCAAGACGAAAAAAAAUGGAAGCUUAAAUCAGGACGUUGUGUAGAGGAUGUCAUGGCAAACGUUGUUAGAACACAAGUCUAUGAUCAUCCUGUGCUGCAUUGUAUUCUGGAUAUGACAGAUCGUAAUUGGAAAGGAAUAUUUUCUCAAGAUGAGAUCCAGGAGCUGAACGAAAUUGUAAAUUUAGAAAUCCAAUAUCCAGAACUACCUAGUGAUAUGGUGGAUUUCAUGAAAAAAUUGCCCACAACAAGCAGUUUGGGUGAUAUUUACAAUCAUCUUGAAACACAAUAUCUUGAUUAUUAUUCUCAACAACACUUGAUUUGGAUCAAGACGCAGGUACAAUCUGCAAUUCAGUUGUUUAAACGCCAUUACUUCCCAAUCAAUGACCAAUCAGAAAGAGAUAUUUGCGCCAAAGUUUGGAGUAUGAUCUCCAGUGCAUUCGAUGAUAGUAGUAUGACAGUGAGGAUGGAGAAGGCUAGUCUGGCAUCAAAAGAAACAAACAACAAGAAAAGAAAAAUGGCGUUGAUAGAUUCAAUGGUAAGAAAACAAAGUCCAUUGGUCCCUGACAUGUCUAUCUUGUAUGGUACACAAGAAUUUGCGUUUGUUGAAGCUGCCAAAACCAACAAUGAUACCAAAGAACUUGUUGAGGGAGGAAAAAAAAUGCCCCCAGCUGAUGUCAUAAGCAUUUGA